AUGGAUCUCAAGACGGUCGUUCGCACCUUGAAGGAGGAAUCCCUAGCGCGAGCCAAGGACAAAGAAGAAGCACCGCUCAAGUCGACCGCGCCCCGGCAGAAACGGUGGGCCACGAAGAGCAAGACUGGCUGCGCUACUUGUCGGAUUCGACGCAUCAAGUGUGAUGAGGGAAAGCCACACUGCCAGCGAUGCGUCCUCACGGGGCGCCAAUGCAGCGGGUAUGCCACUGCCUCCUCGCCCGAGCCUGGUGCGACAUCGCCUUCGCCCUCGUCCUCGUCCUCGUCCUCGUCCUCCAGGGCGGUGGUGCUCGCGCCCCGGGCCAGCCACCCUGACUGGGACAUAAUGGAUGCCAUCAAAUAUUUCGGAGCCGUCAUGCUCAAGGACGAGGCUUUUCACAACCCAGGUGACAGUAUAUAUGUGACGAGCUUCAAGCCGGACAUACAUAUUGAGAAAAUUACUUCGCGUGAGAGCUUCAUCGCGCUGGUCGUCACCGACCGCAUCGUCAACGCCUCGGCUCAAGCGGGCGUCCUGCCGCGACAGGGCAACCUCCCGGGCAUCAACCACCUCUGGUCCUUGCUAUACCGGCACAUAGAUAUUGUGAUUAAGGAUCUGAACUCGCGAAUAGCGGGUGGUGCGGCAAUCGAGACCCUGCUUCGUCGGUUGGUGGACUUGCUUAGCAUCGAUCUCUCGAUUAUGGAUCCUGCGUGGCGAUCGCAUGUAGAGGGCUUUGCGGCUUUGGUCAAGCUUCAUGGUGGCGUCCAAAAGGUUCUCAGCGUCAAAGCUGCGCUGGAACGCGACCAAAGAGUACCGCCAAUGGCCCUGCACUACGUCUUGAUCUACUCUACUCUGGCCAACACAGCGAGCCCCGCCAGCAACCAAAUCAACGGCCUGGCCAACUGGUCUCCCGACGACAUUGCCGCCGCCUACUCGCACACUGGCUUCCACCCUGCGCCCUGUCCAACCUCUGUCCUUCAGGACAUUGUCCGCAUCACACGCCUACGCACAAUGUGUCUGGCCGAACCUACCAUCACCUCUGCGUUUGUGCCCAUUGCGCGCGAAGUCUCCCGGCUUCUGCAGACGUUUGACCCCGAGAAGUGGACAGAGCCGUACGCCAAGCCCGAGGACCCCUGCAUGCCGCUGGCCGGCGAUCUCUACAAGACGGCCUCGAUCCUGUACGGGCUGCUGUCGCUGCCGCCCGUGCUGGCCGCCGAGUUUGCCCUGAUCCCGGGCUCGAGCCCCCCCGCCGGCGCGGCGCCCGACGAGGCGGCCACCGCCGUCGAGAGCGGACGCGUCUUCUACGGCAACUACCUGCUGAACCUCGUGGACAGGGCCAUGGAGGAGCUGCCGCUCCCGCAGGGCGUCAGCUGGCCGAUUGCGGUGCUCGGCGUCGCCAAGCACGACGCGCCGCAGGAGGAAAAAGACAGGCUGCGCAAGCACCUGCAGACGCUGCGCCUGAAGCCCGGCGCGGACAGCGGCGCGGCGAACAUUGAUAUAAAGCUCCGCGACUUUUGGUUCUUUGGGCACACGCAGUGGGAGGAGUGCUACCACGAACCGAUAAAUGUCAUUACUUAG